CAUACUGUAUCCAAGUCGAGGAGUAAUGGCAUGAGUAGUGCUUUAUACUGUUUAGACAAGCGUCACAACGCGCGCGCGCGAGGGAAACUUCACCUUCGAGCAUUUCUGCACCCGCGUCAGAAACCAAUUAAGCCCACGGGCACCGGGGAGGUGAGGCGGAAGACUGUCGGACCAAUUGUAAACUUAGGUCAAGAGCGACUAAAGUCCCCAAACUCACGAGCUGAGGAGGCUUCGAACGAAUCGUCAUCCUUUCUGACAGAGAGAAGAAGAAAACAGGGAUACGCGGCUGGACAUGUGAAUUUAAAAGGAGAUACUUGCCAAGCACAACAAUGAAACCAACGACUGCCCCGUGUUGCUUCGGCCUUCUCCUGACUUUCUGCCUCUUGUUGGGCUCGAGCUCUUCGCAAUCAGUUUGUGCUGGUACCGAAAACAAGCUGAGCACCCUAUCGGACCUUGAACAGCAGUACCGCACCUUGAGGAAAUACUACGAGAACUGCGAAGUGGUAAUGGGCAACCUUGAGAUCACAAGCAUCGACCGCAGCCGGGACCUCACCUUCCUCAGAUCUAUCCGUGAAGUGACAGGCUACGUGUUAGUGGCACUCAACCAGUUCGACUACCUCCCUUUGGAGAACUUGAGAAUCAUCCGAGGAAACAAGCUCUAUGAGGACCGCUACUCCCUCGCAAUCUUCCUCAACUACAGACGCGAUGGAAACUCCGGCCUUCGCCAGCUCGGCCUGAAAAACCUCACGGAGAUCCUGAACGGAGGUCUGUAUGUGGACCAGAACAAGUUCCUGUGUCAUGCGGACACAAUCCAUUGGCAAGAUAUUGUCAAAAACCCCCGGAUGCAUCCUCUGGUGGUGCCCACAAACAGCAGCGUCACAUGUCAAAAGUGCAAUCGUUCCUGUAACGGCCGUUGCUGGGGGCCGAAAGGUGACCAGUGUCAGAGCUUAACUAAGACCGUUUGUGCUGAGCAGUGUGACGGCCGUUGCUUCGGCCCCUAUGUUAGUGACUGCUGCCAUCGUGAGUGUGCAGGUGGCUGCUAUGGACCCAAGGACACAGACUGCUUUGCUUGCACCAACUUCAAUGACAGCGGGGCAUGUGUGACCCAGUGCCCCCAGCCCUUUGUCUACAACCCCACCACCUUCCAACUGGAACACAAUCCCAGAGCAAAGUACACCUACGGAGCCUUCUGCGUCAAAAAGUGUCCUCAUAACUUUGUGGUGGAUCAUAGCUCCUGUGUGAGAGCCUGUCCCAGUAACAAGAUGGAGGUGGAGGAGAAACGUGUUAAGAUGUGCAUUCCUUGUACUGACAUCUGUCCAAAAGCGUGUGACGGCAUCGGCACAGCCAGCCUACAAGCGGCUCAGACGGUAGACUCCAGAAACAUUGACAAGUUUGUCAACUGCACCAAAAUCAACGGCAACCUGGUGUUUCUUAUCACUGGGAUCAAAGGGGACGUGUAUCACAACAUUGAAGCUUUGGACCCAGAAAAACUCAAUGUGUUUCGCACCGUUCGGGAGAUUACAGGCUUCCUGAACAUCCAGUCUUGGCCCGACAACAUGACAGACCUGAGUGUUUUCUCCAACCUGGCAACUAUUGGGGGAAGAGCGCUAUAUAGUGGGAUCUCCCUCCUGGUGUUGAAGCAGCAGAGCAUCUCGUCCCUGCAGCUCCGGUCACUGAGAGAGAUCAGCGCCGGGAAUGUCCACAUUGCAGAGAACAGCCAGCUCUGCUACUACGACACCGUGAACUGGACCAGACUGUUCCGGGCUCCAAACCAGAAGGUUCUCGUCCGCAACAACCAGAGCCCACGGAAGUGCUCCAAGGAGCGCAUGGUGUGUGACCCGCUGUGUUCCGACACCGGGUGUUGGGGUCCAGGCCCCGAUCAGUGCCUCUCCUGCAGAUACUUCAGCCGUGGACGGACCUGUGUGGAUACCUGCAAUCUUUAUGAAGGGGAUAUUCGAGAAUAUGCCAACGGAUCGGUGUGUGUGGAGUGUGAUGCGCAGUGUGAGCAAGCUGACGAUGACUCUUUGACCUGCAACGGUCCGGGCCCAGAGCGAUGUGUGAGGUGCGUCCAUUUCAAGGAUGGUCCCAACUGUGUUGAAAAGUGUCCCGAUGGCCUGCAAGGCGCCAACAGUUUCAUCUUCAAGUACGCAGAGUCCAAUAACGAAUGCCAUCCCUGCCACGCCAACUGCACACAGGGGUGCAUUGGACCAAGACUGCAGGACUGCAUUGGCUGGAUGGACAGAACCCCUCUGAUCGCAGCGGGAGUGAUCGGCGGCCUCUUUCUGGUGGUGAUCAUGGCGUUAAGCGUAGCGGUGUCUGUGCGCCGGAAGAACAUCAAGAAGAAAAGAGCCCUGCGUCGCUUCCUGGAGACUGAGCUGGUGGAACCUUUAACACCAAGUGGAACUGCACCCAAUCAAGCCCAGCUUCGUAUUCUGAAAGAGACAGAACUCAAAAGGGUCAAGAUUCUCGGGUCUGGGGCCUUCGGGACUGUUUACAAGGGCAUUUGGAUCCCUGAGGGUGAAUCCGUCAAGAUUCCUGUAGCUGUUAAAAUCCUAAAUGAGGCCACGGGACCAAAGGCUAACGUUGAGUUCAUGGACGAGGCCCUGAUCAUGGCCAGCGUGGAGCACCCUCACCUGGUCCGCCUGCUGGGCGUCUGCCUGAGUCCCACCAUCCAGCUGGUCACGCAGCUGAUGCCUCACGGGUGCCUGCUCGACUACGUCCUCGAGCACAAGGACAACAUCGGAUCCCAGCUGUUGCUCAACUGGUGUGUCCAGAUUGCUAAGGGGAUGAUGUAUCUGGAGGAGCGGCGGCUGGUCCACAGGGACCUGGCAGCCCGAAAUGUCCUGGUCAAAUCUCCCAACCACGUCAAGAUCACUGACUUUGGCCUCGCUCGGCUGCUGGAUGUCAAUGAGAAAGAGUAUAAUGCUGAUGGAGGAAAGAUGCCAAUCAAAUGGAUGGCACUGGAGUGUAUCCAUUACAGGAAGUUUACUCAUCAGAGUGACGUUUGGAGUUACGGGGUCACCAUCUGGGAGGUGAUGACCUUUGGUGGGAAGCCGUACGAUGGGAUUUCCACCAGAGAUAUCCCGGACCUGCUCGAGAAAGGGGAACGCCUCCCUCAGCCUCCCAUUUGCACCAUUGACGUCUACAUGGUCAUGGUCAAAUGCUGGAUGAUUGAUGCAGAUAGUCGGCCCAAGUUCAAGGAGCUGGCUGCAGAGUUCACUCGGAUGGCUCGAGAUCCCCAAAGAUACUUAGUCAUCCAGGGUGACGACCGCAUGAAGUUGCCCAGCCCCGACGACAGCAAGUUCUUCCAGAGCCUCCUGGAUGAGGAGGAGCUGGAGGACCUAAUGGAUGCUGAAGAGUACCUGGUGCCCCACUCCUUCAACAUUCCACCACUGGCAUACACUCCGCGCACACACAUGGACUCCAACAAGAACCAGUACGGCUACCAGGACCACAGUUUCAACAUGGAAGAAAUGCUGGCCAACCUUCCCAGAGUGCUCUCUGUUCCACCUGUGUCUGGAGGAUGCCUCCCACCACAGGACCUGCCCUCGGGAUUUAGCCGUGGCAACCAGGACGACCCUCGCUGCAAUGGGACCAUGAGGAAGCAGGCCUCCCCGAGGUCAAGUACCCUCGGGCCUGGUUCAGUUCUCGUUCCAGGACCUGCUCCCCGAGGUGGAGGCGAGGACAGCAGUGGACAGCGUUACAGUGCCGAUCCCACCGGGCUUUUAGCAGAUCGAGGAGUAAAAGGAGACAAGGACCAGGACGGCUACAUGACUGCCAUGAGAGACAAGAACAACUCAGACUAUCUCAACCCAAUAGAGGAAAACCCCUUCGUCACACGUCGUAGGAAUGGCGAAGCCCACUCGGCGGUUGAUGGGGCGGGUUGCCACACCCUGCACAUGGCUGGAGCUGCCGCUCCCCCGAAGUCCACUCACGGGGACGAUGAGUAUAUCAACGAGCCCCUGUACCUGAAUACCUUCCUUAACCCUGGAGACAAGAAUGGAUUGGCUGGCGCAGUGUCCCUCUCUGGCCCGGGGUCCUCUGCUGCCCAAUCAGUAUCGCAGACAGUAAUCCCUUCGACAUCAAGCCACACGGUGUCCUCCUCUGGAUACGUACUUCCCCCCGGCCUCCCACACCCGUCGUAUCCAUCGCACACCAUGCAUUCGGGGCAUUCAGGACACGCUUUGCACUCAGGCAUCACCAGCAGCACAAUCAUGUUUGAUAAGAAGGGCAAGAAGGCCACGUUUGACAAUCCCGAGUACUGGCAGCACAGCCUGCCCCCAAAGUCCUCACUGCACAACCCCGAGUACCUGCAGGACUGCAGCACGCGCUUUUUCUAUCGGCAGAAUGGACGCAUUCGCCCCGCUGUGGCCGAAAACCAGGAGUACUUGUCCGAGGCCGCUAUGAAAGCCGGCAAUGUGUUGCCACCCCCUCCAUACAGACAGAGGAACACUGUUGUGUAGUGACCGACCUGUAGCACAAUAGAAGGAAAGGGGUCAUGGUGAAUGCGAGGUUCAACCGUCCUCUCCUUUCCGUGCAGCACAUCUCCACCUGAGGUCCCCUUGCACCCUCCCUGAACACGUCUCUCUGUUAUGUCUGACAACAAGUCUUACUGACUUACUCUAAGGUUUUGCCUUCUCUUGACGGGACUACAAUAACAGUCACUGACGGCCUCACUUUACAAUAGAACGUAUUUUUUAGCACCGUAUUUAGUCAUGGAAGCGAGUCGGGAUUUCUCUUUGUGGUUGGUUUUCUUCUCCAGCACAUUUUCCUGCCGUUAAGUAUCAGAAUAGCACCAAAAUAACAAAGAUGAAAUACUUUUUCUUUUUUUUAAUCUCCAAAUCAGGAUUAUUCCUAUUGCGUUACAUGGUUUUCUUUAUGAAACCCAUCAAUUAGAGUCCCUUUAGCACAUGGAUAAAUGUACCAUUGCAGUCUGCACACAUUGCCAUUGCUUGUGUCGAAUUAACGGACACGCCCACUUGGAGUCGUGCCGUGACUUACCAGCAAACCCACAGAAGUCUUGCCGAAGAUCCCAGAUGUGGCUUGCAUGCUCUCCCACACACUUUUACAUGUAAUUCAUUGUGUAUUACUCACGUAUCAUAUCAUACCUUAAACAUGGCGACAAGCCUUCAGCCUUGGAACACCAAUAACCUCCAUGCAUUAGGUCAUGAGUAAAUAUACGCACUCAAUGGACCUUGUGCUGGGAGAUUGUGCGUUUGGAUAAUGGCAGUCAGUGUUGCAGUACAGGGAAAGGGGUCAACAGGAAAGUAAAUGUCACUGCAGUAUUAUUUAAGCUGUGAUAUCAGCCAGUACCUGUGGGAAAGCAUUGGGCGGAUUAUAUGUAAACCUUAGUACAAGGAAAAAUGUUUUAAUAAAACUUUUACCAGCAUAAGAUAAUUUAAAUAACACUAACUCGUACGCAAACUCAUACAUUUUGACCGUGCACUCACGGCUGCAAGUACCGUCUCUUAGCAUGAAGGUGCAACAGGAGAAACUGUCAAAGGAAGCCUCUUCCAGAUUUUUGCAAUGACACAAUACUCUAAAACUGCGUAAUUGAUUUACUAUUUGCAUCUGCCAUUGAUGUUGAGACAUUACAAGGUAUCACUAGAUUCACUCUAGCUUUCUGUACUCAUACAAUACUGAUGCCAGUAAGCUCUGAUGGAGCUCACUAGCAUCUGUUGUCAAAUGACUGACGCCUAAUUCAGGAUGGGGUUGAUAAGUCACUAGCACUUAAAGCUCUUACAUAGUCAAAAACCUUCUACAGUUCUACAAACUAAGCAGCAAUUUGGCCAUUUUAUCGUUUUAUCAUAUUGCAAUUUAAUUCAUUUACAGUGAGUUGCUCAGGCCCCACAGUGUUUGUUUCAACAGGCAUUUUACAAAGCAUCCCUAAUCCAAACAACAUUAAUAUCAAGUCGGGAAUAGAAAUUUGUCAGUUUUUGAAUACCCUUUAUACGCAGGUAGUUAUCCCUUUGACAGCUUUAAUUUAACGACCUACAGCAGGCUGAUUUACCGGAUUCUGGUAUCAAGUUGAUUAAAUACCUUGAUCAUUAUAGGUUUUAUUUUAUUUUUUGACUGUUUUUGACUGAAUAAGUAUUCCAAAAUGUUAGCACUGCACCUAUAUGAAAACUGGAUUGUCAAAAAAAAAGAUCGAUAUCAAAAUUGAACGGCCAACGAACAAGACUAAGGCCCAUGACUAAGGACUAAGAACAAGACCUCAUGUAUACAUUUUUUUAUUUUUGCGCCCGGUUCAGGCGUAUUGACAAAAUCAUUUCGCGUGAGAAUUUAAGCAGCCAUGCAACACUACAGUUACUGGAAGAAAUCAAAGAUGACGUUGCAUCUCCGCCUCAGCGUUCACAUUCAACUCCUGCAGUUGUUAAACUCCUCCCUACGCCACAAUUAUUGGCAUCAGGAUCAUUUCAAACCGUCACAGCAUCAGUAGUGGGAAUAUGGCAGUCUGCACCGAAUCAAAGCACAAGUACUUAACGCUUUGCUACAGCACACUAGUCAAUACGUACAUUCCCCCACCACUGAUGCCCGAAUAACACAUCAACUUCGUUGUCACUGAAUUUUGGUUUUCGCCGUUUUGACUUUCCAUGGACCAUCCAUGAAGCCCAUUGAGCUGAAGCCCAACAAUCCCCAUAAUGCACCUUAAUCUCACUCAAUGCAGCAGAGUUUAUUUGUUGCUUUUUUUUCCCGUCAACACCACACGUCCAGUUCGUAAUGGAGGUUUUUUGUGAAAAUGUCAAGCCCCGGAAGAGAUCACCCCAAUAAUAAUACCUGGGUUUUUUUUCACAGACUUUGAAAGGACCUUUCCAGAGUUUUUCAUUCACAAGCUGAGUAGUUCAACUGUUGACGGUCAAAAUGAACUACCUGUAGUAAAUUGCCUCUAGUACCCGUUACACCAAAAACCGACAUCUCAAUUGAAUUUGAGAAAAUGGACUCAAAAUAAAAAGUUAAUAUCUCUUACUCUAAAUAAUAGGUUAUAAUAAUAAUUUUAUAAAUUAGGAGACCGCCCAAUGCCUGUGCAUGUCUCACUGCUGAAAUACCAAUCCACAACCACUGUUACACAACCUCGUGCCUCUCCACUCAAAAUAUCAGGCAGAGGGAAAGUGCGGACGAGCAGCGUUGAUGAUGUACUUUCCAAAACACGGAUGUCACCGUGGCAAAGUGUUUUCUCCCACUCUCAGGUUUUAUGAGCAACCGUAUUCAUCUAGUUCAGCUUCAGCUGAUGCAUAAAUUGCCACAUCAUAAAGAAAUCCAGAAAUCAAACGUAAUUUGAUUAGUGUCAUCACAAUAAACACACUGCUGAAAUGUGCAACUGAACGGACAUGUGAAUUCUAUAGGUAGGGGGGGGGCCUUGGUUUUAAUGUUCAGUCUUGAAGUGUUAAUAUUAACAUUGCUUUGCUGCUAACUUACUUUUGCAACACUGGAUCUGUCCUGUUACUGUAUCUGAGAUGCUUAAAGAUAUCCUGAAUCCUCCUGGGUUUGGAGCUCACACUUACAGUAGGUAUACUGUCUUUGCCUGAAUGUGUGCCAGCGUCCGAUAUGGCCGCAGUCACCCAAAAGCUUUGUAAUGGAUCUCUAUGGAAAAAUAAAGCCAAUCUUCUGGAGGAGAAAACCUUCUGGAGCUCUUAGCCGGCGAGCAUCGCGAGGGGCUCUUAGCUUUUUGAAUGCUAAUUGAUCCACUUUCCCUUUUUGUUCUGUGGGGAAAUCACGUUACCCAACAUUUCACCCAGUGCACCAGCUGAGAAACCGUAAAUGAAAGGCAAUAGGUUGUAAUCUUGCAGGGGGGGGGGUGAAACUAAGGUAUUAGCAUUCCAGAAAUGUUACCCGAGCAAUGCAUCAAUGUUAGCAAGGGAGAAGGUGCAAGUGCACUGUAACUGGCAGAUGAGACCAGAGUAGAUUGCCAUUCCUUCUUCUUUCUCCUCAGAGGGGAUUUUAGAAUCACUAGAGCCCAUUUCCCAGCAACCAUUUUCAUUAAUAUAUAUAUAAUGUGUCACAGCCUUUCCAGUGAGCCGUAUGCACACACACUACAUGCAGAUAGGACUGGGCCACAAUUAUGAUGAUUUGCAUCUGUGUUUACCCUUUAAUGACAGAGUUGUUUUAAAAAAGGACCUAUAUUUCCCUCUCAAUACUGACUGCUUAAAGAGUAAACUGGCCUAUAAAGUGUAUAUAUUUAUAUUAAUUUUGUGCAUCUGCUUUUGUUUUGGGGUUUACUGUCAUUUUAACAAAUGCUAUGAGUAUUAUAAACUUUCUGUGAGUCUAGCUAUCUACUACCUUUGUCCCUACUCGAGGGCAGUAUGUUCGCCCUUCAGAAGAACAGUACAGACGUACAGAAGUACAGACUUAAUCUGCACAUCAUUGCCAAACGAGACGUUCAGGUGCUCCUCGUCAACUUUAAGCGUCUGCAGGUUUUGUACCAAGCAUUGCCUUCAAACCGCCUACGACAUUUAAAUACCAUUUAUAAAUGGUUUGGAAGGGGAGAGGUUUCCUAAAUCCUGACUGAAGGAUUUGAUAUUUCACAUCAACGUAUGAGGACAAGUGGCGAGUUGGACGAGUUUAACCGUUAUAAUUUUCAAGAAUCUUCGAUUUAUAACCCCUUGGAAUUAACAUGUUAAUGCUGCAAACUAGAUUAAACAACAGACUUCAUCUUUAUUCUUCAUUAUCUAGACCAGUUUAUGUGAUUUGAUUUAUAUCUGAUUAGCAUAAACUACGAGCUUUACAAGUUGGCGAGGUGUUCCUGACCAGGAAGGUUUAAAAACUCAAUUGUGGGAUUUUGAGGACUCCAGAUGAUGAACCAGUUGUGUCCUCCAAAGCAAAGACAAACUUCAUGCUUAGUCCCAUUUUAUGGGGCCUUUGGAUGGUACAAUCCCUUGAUGGACUUUUAAGUUGCAUCUGACCCAGAAAUGAGGACUAAGAAGGUCCAGCUCCUGAACUGGGACACAGUUAUUGCAUUUAUAGAAUGUGCUCUAUUUCAUGUUUGUAUGCUUUCAUUAUUUAUAUCACGAGGAACUUUUUCACAGCAUUGAUAUCAAUAGUUUUGGUCAAUACAUCAUUAAGCAAAUCACAUGUUUUUAAAGGACCAUCAUGCAGCAGACAAACACAAGUUCAACAUUUGUAAUAACAAUUAAACUUAAUAAUAAUAAAUAAUAGGAAUCAUACUCUGAUUUCACCAUGAGUUGUGUGCAUAUGUUUCACCUUGCCAUAAAAACUGACGUAGGUGACGGCGGUUGAGUAAGCACAGUUUACAAUAUAAUGAAUUUAUGGUAAAACUGUAACCAAAAGACAAAGCUGUUCAGAUAAUAGGACAGUUUUACCAUUGUCAGUAAAAAAAUAAAUGAAAUGAAGGUGAAAGUAUUUUUAUAGGUGGGUAAAGGGAGGCUAGGUACAUCUGUAAAUAAGAGCGAGAGAUGCUUCUUUUUCCAGCUGAGGAUAUUUUUUUCGUUUGUUUUUAUUUCUUUUUGCAUCAUUGCAAUCGUAGUGCUCCACUGUAUGUUUAUACAUGUUUGAAGGGAAUAUCUUUGUCUGUCUCUGUAUGUAUAUAAAUAUGUAUAUAUUCAGCAAAUAUACAGUAAUAUAUAGAUAUAUAUGUGUGUGUGUAUGUACAUAUACAGAUAUAUACAUACACGCAUAUACAUAUAUAUACAUAUAUGUAUAUAUAUAUUUUGUAAAUGUAAUUUGAAGAAUGAAAAAGGCUUGCAGGGUCUCUUGUCACCUUGCCUCAUCAUUUUCCUUGUGAUGUGUUUUCAGCACAGUUUUGUGACUUUGUGUUCUGACCUCUGCUCUUGCUCAUUUUGUAGGAGUGUUUUUUUCAUUUUCUGGGUGUAGUGUACCUCCCCUUCUCUCCACUUUUCUCACAGUAUUAUCCAUCUCUUGAGAUUUUUUGAAAGAUUUUGUACACUCUUAAAAUGCUGUUGCAAUACUAAUGAAUAUUCAAUAUUUCAUCCCCCUUUUUUCUUACAGCCUUUCUUAACCAAUGUUAUUAAUCUACCAGUGUCACUUUACACCCUGUGUUUUGAGGGCCUAUACUAUAUUUCCUCGAGUAGUUUGAAUAGUUUCCAUUUGCACUGAGCUCAGUCACUGUUUACUCUCAGAUGAUAUUCAGCUCUUCAUCCAUUUGAGGCAAUACUCAUUGAGAGGAGUAGCAAUAUCGUGUUACAGCCCCAGAGGGAUUUAAUGGUGUUUGAGGGACAAAGUGCAAACAGUUUUGCAUGGGCUGGAUUGAUCGUGUGAAUUACUGAUAUUUGCUUGUAAAGACGUUUGUACAUUAACUUUUUUUCUGUCACCUUACCUAAUAUCUGUUGCGAGGACUGACACAGAAAUGAUCUUUGUGUGUCCUCAUCAAGCAGUUUGUCACAAUGCGGAUGCUGAUUGACUGAGGCGGCAUGGUUUGUUAAAUUUACAAUCUAAACCUGUCAGGGUUUUAUAGAUUCUUAAUUGGAAUAUUGUAAUUGAUAUCUCAAUUGUAGAAGACUCAUGCCUAACCCGCUUUGUUUAUGAACAAAAGGUUUUGUCCUGUUCUCACUUUACUGAAGACGAAUACCACAAUUUCGAUUUCAAUAGUUAAGAUUUUAACCAGCAACAACUUUUGAUCGUUUUUUUGUCAUCAUUUUUGUAUAUGGCUUAUCACCAACAGAAUACUAUGAACCCAAUGUACAUUUACCAUUGGACAGUUUAUGGUCAUUUGCACGGAUCAUUUCGGCACCAAUCCUGUUAUUUACAAUAUGCAUCAUUUCCAAAUACAUUUGGUAAAGUAGUCAGUUUGGCAAGCUUCUCAAAAGUCAGUGCAUUUGUCCGAAAAGUACAUUAAAGUUUGUUAGAACCAAUAUUCUAACAUAAAAAUGUAUUGUAAAUUAUCAUUGCGUUGUAUAAGAAUGAUUGAGAACAAAGUUUUAUAGACCAUACCUCGUCACAUAUUACCAUUUUUAAAAUAUUCUCUUAGCUGGUUAAUUGAUACAUUUCCCAAGCAAGAACAUUUAAAUACGUAUUCCCUCUGUUUUGUUACAUGAAUCUGUCAAAACUAUAUUUUUAAUUCAAUAUGAAUAAAAAUCAGUCAAUAUUUAA